AUGUCAAAGUCCCCUAAAGUGCCCCAAAUAUACAAGUUUCCGCCUUUGUAUACCCCACAGACGAACAAGCUUAUCAGAAAGCAACAAUUGCAAACUUGGGAGUCGAUAAUACUACAAAUAUGCUCUCAGCUAUCGAAGUGGUGCAUCAGUAAGAAUGGGAAAAUCUAUGAUACGAAUUCAGGUGAAUUGAUCAUAUCUUUAUUUGAAAACGACGAGAUUCAACGCUCUUGCAGCCAAGAAUUCCAACAGGAAAUCUGGAACUACAUGCUACAAAAUGGUACUGCAUUGCAAUUGAAAGAUUCAGAAGAUUCUACCCUGAUGGCCAUAUUCUGGGAGUCUUUGGACUCAUGGAGCUCCACAAUUCUUGAGUGGUGCGAAUCCACUGGGAAAUUAAACCAAGUUAUUACCAUUUACGAAAUCUGCGAGAGUGACGAGAACAUCAAUUGUAAAUUCUAUGGCAUGCCAAGCUCAUUCUGUUUGCUAGUGUUACAGCGCUUAGUAGAUCGUAACAGAGCUACAUUGUUAAAGGACCAAGGGAAGGUGGUUGGUGUUAAAAUAGUGUAA